UAUCCAGACAAUAAUAUCUACUUUAAGUUGCAUGCAUGCAGCAGCUCCAUCCUGCGGACAGUGUACCUCUCUGUGUUAUUAUGGGUGGAGACUGUGGUCCUCCUCCAAAAAAAAUAGACAGACAAGUCAGUUUAACCAUCAGCAGCAUUAUAGGCCGAGGAACCUGAACAUUAUUUUGUGCGCAUUUAGUUUUAAAUCCCGCACAGAACAUUGGAUCAUUGUGAUAACCUUACACAGCGAGAGAGAUGAGUGAGGCGGAGCAGGUGCCUGAGGACAUGCCUGCAUACCUCAACGAUGAGACAGUAGCCACAGAUGACGACAACAACAAGGGCCAUCCACAGACGCAGCCGGGCAUGUUUGGCAGGUUGGCGGGCGGCUUGUACGGGGCCACAAAGGGAGCUUUAGGAGCGACAGUGGGCGGUGUGACCUGGAUAGGAGGAAAAGGUCUGGACCUCACCAAGACCACCGUCAGCUCUGUAGCCUCUCUGCCUGGGAUGGGAGUUGGGCUGGUUAAAGGAGGGGUGUAUGCUGUAGCUGGAGGAGUGACCGCUGUCGGCUCUGCAGUGGUCAACAAAGUUCCUAUAGGAGGAGGCAAAAAGAAGGACAAGUCUGACUGAUGGAGAGAGGAGUGAACCUACACAGCUGAGGUGUUAUGGCUCGCACUGUGUUGUUGCCUGUGUUAGCAUUCAUGAGCAGGAAAAGAGCAACAGAACACUCAAAAGUAUAGUGUACACAUUGUAGGUGAGGGAUUGUUUUUCUCUAUUUUUUUUUCUAAUGUGAUUGUUGGUCAACCCACGUUCAUAUAAUUAUGUGACUAGGACCCACAAAACAAGAACUUACAAAGACUCUCCUGCUCUGUUGUUAAAGGAAACACACUAUUAUCACCAGUGCCUGAAAUGUUCUAAUAAAAGGUCCAUAUUUCAUUUUUGAUAAUAAGCGAUAACACUGUUUUCACCGCAAAAUGUUUUAUUCAACAAAAAGUAAAUCAGAGCAGAAAGAAGCAUAGAGGGUAAAUGCACUUACAUCUCACUUGCAAGACAAUCAUUGACUGAUGAUUUAAUAUGCCUUUGUCCAGCUUGCACAAAUGAACAAAAAGUUCUGGUCAAAUAUGUGAUUGAAAAGUAUAGUUCAGUUUAAUAUCCAAACCAUCUGCAGAAGACAGUGGACUGUGGAUAUUUCACUGGUAAAUCUUUGUGACAAUGUUCACUUUUCCUUUGAAUUCAAUUAGCUCUCAGAUGGCUAUAGUAUUCCCUCACUGAGAGGCAACUCAUACUUUGAUACAGAAUCAGAUUUAUUACGAUAAAUAUUGUGUGAGAAUAUAACAGUCAGAGUAUUUUGAUUGCAGUGAACAUUAGUUUCCAGUCGUAGUGUUAUUUGAUUUACUUGGACUAUCAAUAAAUGACAUUUUGUAUAUGAAACUUCUUUUGACCAAGUAAACAUUUUGAUAGUUACUUUUGGCAAAUGUCCCUUUUUAAUAUAACUACAUCAACAUCUUUCCUUAGGAUACAGAAGCUUCAUAAUGACAUAUAUUUCUCUCACUGUAUCAAAGCAUUAGUUCUCUACCUGAAUUAUAGUGCUCCAUAUUGCUCAGCCUCAAUGUGCUUACUGUUGAUGCAAUCUGAUGGUGAAUUUUAAAUGUCAAUUACGUUUAUAAGAUGAAAAACCUGUAAUAGUACAUUUAAUUUAUAAUAAAUAAAGAUUGAAUUUUGGUAAAUUACCUCUUUCUGUAAUAUGCCAUUCAAAUAUGCACAAUGCGGCUUAACAUUUAAAAGCUAAUAUGAAACAGAUUGCCGCUGGAGACAGUGCUUUGAUUUGGCUGGACUGGUAACCAGGUCACAAAUUCUUAUAAUUUUGCAGCUAAAGGGAACAGCUAAAUGUGAUUUGGGCACGAUCGUUUCAGCAAAAAUGACAAAAAAUAUGUUUCAUUAAUAUUACCGACUACAGCUUCAUCUAUGUUUUUCACUGGAAAUGUUUUCUAUAAAAGUAUUUUGACUAUU